UAUCGUGUGUUGGUGUUUACAAUAGUCAACGCAGUGAUGGAAGCGGCGGACUGACGUGUGUUACGGUGCUGCGACUCUUUCACGUUUUACUCGCAACUUCCGUGCCUUAUGCAGUUUCUAUUACGAUAAGUUAUCAUAUUUGACGGAUAAUUAUGUUUAGGGAUUACUCACUUAACGUAAAAUAGAAACUUUAAGACCUAAAACGGAACUUUUCAACCCCCCAUUGCCGCUGAUAUGUUAAAAUGUGCGCUUGUCGCCUGGAGAUGCAGCCAACUUCUACAAACAGAACGAAUCUUUACAGUGAUCUUGAAGAAUAUUUAACGGAGAUGGAAGAGAGAAGUGGUUUUAACGGUUCUUCUGCCGAUAGCGAAGACGUUUACGUUCAAUUGGCCCAAAAAGAAAACGAUCUCAUACUCGCUGCUGAACUUGGUAAAGCGCUUUUAGAAAGAAAUGACGAUCUCAGUCGGGCCAACGAGAGACUUUCCGAAGAAUACUCCCAUAAAUUAGAGCUUUUAGAACAAGAAAAACACGCGCUUAGACGAAAAUUAGACACUUUAGAAGCAGAAUACGACACGAGAGUGGCCGAACUCCAAUCAGACAUAUCACAACUUAGAAAAGAACUAUUGACUCAACAGUCACUACUAAGAAGCAGCGAACAAGACAAGGGGAAAGUUUUACAAGAAUUAACAGAACAAAAUCAUAGGCUAACCGAACAACUUAAAUUAGCAAGUCGAUCUGAAGAACAACUCCAAGCCCAAUUAAAGUCUCUAAGGGAACAGUUUAACGUUAGAAGGUCAAAUUUACACGAUCACGUUUCUCAGCUCGAAGGACUCAGAGAAGAAAUAAAUUUAUUAACCGAAAGAAAAGCCGAUCUUGAAAGACGAAUUAGUUUCGUAUCAGAAGAACGUGAAAGUCUUAGUUUAUCUUUAGAUGAAUCGGGUGAAAGGAUAUUGAUGCUAGAAAGAAGCAAUAAAGAACAGGAUCAGCAAUUAAAAAAUCAAUUGCGUGAAAUUGAAGAAUUGAGACAGGCUAACAAUCAGCUUCAAGAUAAAUUAGAUAAUGUCCUCAGAAGAAGUAACAGUCCUUCUUUUGGUCAACAUUCGCUUUAUAAUGAGAUCGAAAUGUCUUCUCAGUCUUCAACCGACGACGAACUUCGUUCACUCAACGGAAGCCAGAGUGGAAGAAGCAGAUCUCAUCCAGGAUCUUCGAUGGGAUUUCAUGGCGACGACGAUAUAGAAUGCGAUGAUUCUGAAUUAAUUCUCUCGGGUUUAGACGAUGGGGAACAAAAUUGGAAGUUUCGUCAAGAAUUGGCUUCAGUUUAUCAACAAUUAUGGCAAAUGUGUAAAGAGCUUCGUCAGCGUAAAGAUAGUCUUUCAGCAGACAGUGGCAUAUCAGCUUCUCCUGAAGAUAUACAAGCUCACCAAAUUCGUAUUGGGAUGUUAAGUGCCAUUCUUAAAGAUCUCAAAAUACUUAUCGAAGAAACUUUAUUAAAUUCUAAUGAUUCUAAUUGUUUAACUUGCCAAUCUCUAGAAGAUGAGAAGAACACAAUAACUGAACUGAAAAAAGAACUUCAAGAAAAAUCAGAGGAAUUAAAAAGAAAAACAGAAGAAUUGUCGGAACUUACCACUAAAUUGUCUGUACAAGAAACAGAACUGGCAGCAAUCCGUGAGGAAAGAGAUCAGCUUCGCCACGACAUCGACAACAGUACAAUGGCUAAGGACGACAUUAUUAAAAAAGCAUGGGAAAUGAGGGAUCAAGCCGUUGCCAGAAAAAAUGCCGUGGAAAUUGAGUUAGCCAAAGCAAGGAUUGAUUUGAUGCAUAUAAACAGUCAACUAAUGGAAGCCAUUCAACAAAAAGUUGAAUUGUCACAACAAUUAGAACAGUGGCAGGUCGACAUGCAAAUUUUGUUGGACGAACAAGUAUUAAAACAAUUACAAAAUCAAGAAGAGAAAGAAAAAAGCAAAAGGAAAGUUGCGCAUAAAAGAACAAACUCUAAAAGCAAACUUUUCGGCUUUUGGAGAUGAAGAAAAUUAACGCAGUAUAGAAUUAUUUAUGGAUUUUAUCUGUCUUGUACAAAGUGAGCCAGUUGUUUAAUUUAUCAUCUGUAUAUAUAUGUUAUAUUUGUAUACAUCUUGAAAAGAUUGUUGCCAUGUUAGGCAGAAUGUAUAUGGGGGACCAAUUCGUGUGAAUGUUAAUGAAAACAUCUUUCAGCAUUUUAAAAAAAAACCGAAAUCUAACAUAAAAAAAUAACUUUUUCCAUGUUGCUCGGGGACCAAAA